AUGCUGAUCUUUAUCGACGCUUUCACAGGAGAUGAACUCUCAUCCGAUUCCUUCCCAAUGAAGCUUGUAGACGAUCUCGUCUACGAGUUCAAAGGAAAGCAUGUUGUUCGUAAGGAGGGUGACAUCGUUUUGGCCGGAGCCAACCCAUCUGCUGAAGAGGAAGAUGAGGGUUCCGACGAGCACGUUGAGCGCGGUAUUGAUAUCGUCCUUAACCACAAACUUGUGGAGAUGAACAUUUAUGAAGAUGCCUCCAUGUUCAAGUCUUACAUCAAGGGUUUCAUGAAGAAAGUCAUCGAGCAUAUGGAGAAGGAAGGAAAGCCAGCUGAGGAUGUCACUGCCUUCAAGACCAAGAUCCAAAAAUGGGUUGUCAGUCUCCUUGCCAAGGACCGAUUCAAAACUCUCCAAUUCUUCAUCGGAGAGAAAGCCUCUGAAGGAGCUGAAGGUGGACAGGUCGCCAUCAUUGAGUACAGAGAUGAAGACGGAACUGAAGUCCCAACUUUAUUGUUGAUCAAGGAAGCCAUCAUCGUCGAGAAGAACUAA